AUGGCAUUUAUGUCCUCUAUUUAUUCAUUUGCAUCAAGUCUAACUUACGGUUUAAUAAGAAUUAAGCCAAACAGUCCGAGGGAGAGACAGCCGUCAACAAAUUUCCAAUCAGUGACAAACUUCGCCAUUCGAUAUUCCAUUUUGAUUGUUGCAUUUGCUGCUGAUUUCUUCACCUUCAUUAUUUUCCCAUCUUUGGUCAUGAGUAUGUUUGGAAAUAUACUUGGAAUGACUGGGUUCUUCGUCGCUUCAAUAUUCAGUGCUUCUCUCAGUACACUAUCAUCUGGGUGGGGCAGUAUGUCGGCACUAGUGUGGCAGGGCUUUGUAAAGAUUGGUAGAACAUUCAUUUAGGUGAAUGCUUUCAAUCGAGAAAUUAUGUUAAAAUAUCUUGUUUUGGAAUCUUAUCCACGAUAGGAUGUCCUCUGUCUUUUUCUUCUCGGGUGGUUUUGUCCAUAUGUCAAUUCAAAAGUUGAAGAUUUUCUUAGAUAUUGCAUUGAUCAAUAGUUACAAUGAACAUAAAAUCAAUCACUGAAAUGAUGUCCUUU